AUGAGGGAGGAUGGUCCCAGGCUCGGUGCUGCCGUUGUGUUUGGGCCUCUCUCUGCUGCCCUCGGUUCAUGUCGGGAACUGGAGCAGCUGGACAGACUGCCUAGGUGGUAUACUUUAUGGCUGAAGCUGAUAAAGUUUUUGUUCAAUACUGAACAAAGAUCAAAUUUAUUGCUGCUGUUUUAGAGGGGGUUUUAGUGCUCAGGCAGGCGCAACUGGAACGCAGCAAGAGACCUGCAGAGAUACAGGCAUCGGUACCCGGGCUUGACAGAAUCAGAAACUGAGGAGGAAGAAGAGAUGUGGAACUUAAGCUUUUACAAAAAUGAGAUUAAUUUUAAGCCCAAGGGCUUACAUAUUGAAACUCUGCUUCAAUCUUGGUGGGACAACUAUGAAGUUCUGGAGGAAAACCAUUCUUACAUACAGUGGCUGUUCCCUUUACGUGAACCUGGGAUGAACCUCCAUGCCAAACCACUCACAUGUCAGGAAAUCCAGGCCUUUAAGAAGUCUGAAGAAGUGAUGCAAAGGUUUGUACGUGCUUAUCAGCUGAUGCUGAGGUUUUAUGGGAUCACUCUGGUCAACGAGGAAACUGGAGAACUCAAGAGAUCAGAGAAUUGGGUUGAACGAUUUCAGAACUUGAACCGAUACAGCCACAACAACUUGCGGAUCACACGCAUCCUGAAGUGCCUGGGGGAGAUGGGGUAUGAACACUAUCAAGUGCACUUGGUGAAGUUUUUCCUGACAGAAACUCUCGUUCAGGAAACAUUACCAAAUGUCAGGAGAAGUGCCUUGGAUUACUUCCUGUUCACCAUCAGAAGCAAACAGAAGAGAAGGGAACUAGUCCACUAUGCUUGGCAACACUUCAGACCUCAAGGGAGCUUCGUGUGGGCACCACGCAACAAACUCCUCAAGUACAGGGCACGCUCUGCCAGGUCCCAGCUGCACCAAAAGGCUGAAGAUAAACAGGAAAUUCCUGAUAAAAAAUGUGUUGGAUCUGUGGAAGAGGAUCAGAACCAGUCUCUAGAGCAGGAGCAGAAAGCUGGGGAUGCUGCAGACUUGCAGCCUAAAGUGAACGAUGAAGAUGUAAAAGAGAAGUUAAGCAAAUGUGUUUUGAAGGGAAGGGAUAGUGAGGAAGAGAAUGGGGCUUCAUUUACACAGCAGGAGGAGAAGGGUUUAAACAGCGAGACCGGAGAGGUGCAGGGUACAGCAGAGAAUGAUUGCACAAAGGAGAGCAAGAAGAGAAAACUGGAUGCAAAUAUGGCAGAUGCUCAAACAUGUGGGGCACUGAAAAGCCCUACUGACAUUGAUAACAUUUCCCGUAACCUGGGAGAAUGUGCAAUUGGUGCAGAAAUCUCCUCAGUUCCACUCUUAGAAGCAAGAGAGGAUGAGGAAACACAGAAAGAAGAUAAUGCAGGCACCAAAGACUCCCCAGUGCCAGAGACAACUGGUGCAACUGUGAAACGGAGGAAAGUUGAUAAAAGAACAUCCAGAAGCAAACCAUGCAACUUGGCCAUAAAUCUAAACAUGGGGCUUUCUGCUUCUAGUGUCAAGUUAAAUCCAUCUGUUGCAAACACUGAGGCUGUAAAAGAAAAUGCCAGUGAGAAGGAUUCAACUGUAGAAGCAACAAGGGAGAAGGAUGGUGGUGAUGCCAGUGGUGGGGCUGUCAGAGCCCUGGUUGGGUCUGGGCUUCCUGAGACUGGCUGGACUUCUCCAGUAAAUGAUGGCUUGGAGUCUAGUGGAGAUCAAGUCAUAGCAAGGAACGAUCAGCACCACUGCAACAGCACACUUCUGGGAGGCAAAAGUGAGGUAGAUGGGGUAGAACAGCAUAAAACCACAGAAAAUGCAAGUGAGAAGGGGCAAGCAGAAGUCCCAGGCAAGAAAGAAGACCCAGAUAGUCUCGAGCAGAGCAUGGCAUCCACCUGUCCUGAAGCAGACAGUGCUGAGGCUGCAGCACAAAAACCUGAAAGCUCUGAGGACAGAGCAGAACCUGAUGAAGAGCAGGUAGCAGCAGAGUGA